AUGGCAGCUGUUUUCAUGUCCCUCUUCCUCCUUAAUCUCUUAGUCUCAGGAAGCUCAACCACAGAUGCUCAACGGCCCAGAAAUUCUACUUUGCAUCGUCUGACCAGGCACCUUUUACUGAAUUACAGCAAGGGAGUGAGACCUGUCAGAAACUGGUCAAAGGCCACUACCGUUUACCUUGACCUCUUUGUCCAUGCUGUGCUGGAUGUGGAUACACAGAAUCAAAAGCUAACAACAAGCAUUUGGUUUCGGCAGAUGUGGAAGGAUGAGUUUCUCACCUGGAAUUCCAGCCUCUAUGAUGGGAUCAGGGAGAUUUCCCUGCCACUCAGCACCCUCUGGUCUCCAGAUAUCGUCAUCAACGAAUUCGUGGACGUCAGCAGGUCCCCCGAUCUCCCCUACGUUUACGUGAAUGCUGCUGGGACGAUCAAGAACUACAAGCCCAUGCAGGUGGUGUCCGCGUGCAGUUUGGAGGCGUACGCCUUUCCCUUCGACACCCAGAACUGCAGCUUGACCUUCAGCAGCAUCCUGCACACAGUGGAGGAUGUGGACCUCGCCUUCUGGAGAAGCCGGGAGGAUAUUAAGAACAACAAGAGGUUGUUUCUGGAUGACGGUGAGUGGGAGCUGCUCUCCGUGCCCUCACAUCCCCGGGUCCUGCACAGGGAGACCGGACGCUUCGCCCAGAUUCAGUUUAACGUUGUUAUCCGAAGACGCCCCCUGCUAUAUGUGGUCAGUCUGCUGAUCCCCAGCCUGUUCCUGAUGGUCAUUGACCUGGCCAGCUUCUACCUGCCACCCAACUGUGGCACCAGGAUAACCUUCAAGACCAGCGUGCUGGUUGGCUAUACUGUCUUCAAAGUCAACAUGUCAGACAAGCUGCCGGGCACUGCGGUCAGCACUCCCCUCAUUGGGGUGUUCUUCACGGUUUGCAUGGCCUUCUUGGUUCUCAGCCUGUCCAAGUCUAUCCUGCUAGUAAAGUUCCUUCAUCUGGGGGAAGACCCUGUACGGGAAAGGCUCUUCUCCGGCUGCUGCGUGGGCAGUGCCUUAGACAGAGGCAGCCCCGGUGAGAGACCCCAGGCUCCCAGGCUGCAAGCAGCUGGUGACAUUGCAGGUCCCGUGCUGCAUGGGAAAGAGGAGGAAGGGAAAGGAGAGGGGCCUUGGAAAGUGACGAGCGCCCGGAAGGCCCCAGUGGAGAAGAUCCUGGCAGAGCUCCUCCUGAUCAGCUCCCAGCUCCGUGCACUAGACUGGGCCAGCAGACUAGAAGUUAACUGGCUCACGCUGUCCUACAGGCUGGAUAGACUGCUGUUCUGGGUGUACGUCCUGACCCUGGGGGCGUAUGCAGUCACACUCUGCUCCCUGUGGGUGGUCUGGAGCGCCCAGUAA